GCCAUGGAGCAGGGGAAGAAGAAGCAGACGGGGAGGCUGCAGAAGGUCCUGAGGGAGCAGAAGGCCAGGCUGUACAUCAUCCGCCGCUGCGUCGUCAUGCUUCUCUGCUGGACUGACUGA